AUGGNAAUAAACAACUUUACACAAUCUCCGAAUAACUUUCGACAUACUGAAUCAAUUAAAGAUUUUGCCAUAUGCUUAUAUGUUCUCGGUGGCAAACAAGUCUAUGAAUUUAUUCGUUUAAAUCUUUAUGGUUCUAUUCCUAAUUUGACAACACUAGGUGAAUUAAUUAAAAAAUCAGAUACUGCUUUUAGUGAAACAGAAUUUUACUUUGGAUCUCUUCGGCAAUGUCAUUCCCAGUUUGGUUUUUGUUCUGAAAACACCACAGGGAUCAUUCGUAAAGUUGAAUAUGACUCUAAAACAAAUUCCUAUGUCGGAUUUGCAAUACCAAUUGAUCAUAGUGUUCCAUUACCAAAAUUCUAUCAAGCUAAUACAUUUAAUGAUUUAAAAAAAAGUUAUGAUACAAAUGAAAUAGCACCAUUGUUGAAAGUGCAUAUGUUUCAAAGUAUAGAGGGAAUCCAUGGGAAACGUACCACUUUAUACAUGACUUUCUCAAAAUCGACUGAAACUUUCACGGUGUGUAGAGCUCGAUGA